AUGUCGUCGUUCAACGACGAUGAAGAGCCUCUUCGGAAGCCUGGGCCGCCGGCGAGGCUGACGCAGCGAGUGCAGCUGAUCAAGUACCACAGCCCGCACGCGCCUCUGGCCCCUAACAACCAGAAGGUGGUGCUGGAUCUCAAGGGCGCCUCCUCCGCCGCCUCCAGGGCACCCCUGGACCUCGUCACGGUCAUCGAUGUCAGCGGCAGCAUGGAUUUCGAAGGCAGGCUCGACAGCGCGAAGAAAGCCCUCCGCUUCAUCAUCCGCAAGCUCACCGACGACGACCGCCUCAGCAUCGUCGAGUUCGACUACGAAGCCACCCGCAUCUGUCCGCUGCGCUGCGCCACCGAGGCCGCCAAGGUUGACCUGGAGGCCCUCGUCGGCAGGCUCGUGACCCGUGGUCUCACCAACAUCCAGGCCGGCCUAGACACCGGCCUCAGCGUCCUCAGCCAACGCAGGUUCACCGCCGGCCGCGCCGCCAACAUCAUGCUCUUGUCCGACGGCGGUGAGAACAUUGGCGACGCCAGAAGAGUCGAUCCCGGCGACGUGCCCGUCCACACCUUCGGCUUCGGCUCAGACCACGACUCCACGUUGAUGGGCGCUAUCUCAAGGAGGAGCCUCGGCGGGGUGUACAACUUCGUGGAUGAGAGCAACAAGCCCACCAUCCUGUCGGAGACGUUCUCCCAGAUCCUGGCCGGCCUCGUCACCAUCGUCGCGCAGGACCUCGAGCUCACCGUCACGCCGUUCCUGGACGAGGCCACCAUCAAGGCGGUGGAAGCCGGGACCUACCCACGGAAAGCCGCCACCGAUGGCUCCUCCUCCGUCGCCAUCCAGUUCGGCACCCUCUACAGCACGGAGGAGCGCAAGGUCGUCGUCGAGCUCGCGCUCAGAGACCACUCCUCCUUCCGCCCGUACAACGCCGACGUCGCCAAGGUGCAGUACAGGUUCAGCUUCGAGGGCCAGCAGUUCACCUCUAACACCGAGCUGAUCACCAUACACCGCAGCAAAAGAGCGCCAGCCGGCACGGCUGGUGCACCGCCGCCUCAGGUGCAGGCAGAGGUGGCCCGGCUGAAGCACGCGGACUCCAUCAAGGCGGCGAUGGACAAGGCCGACGGCGACAAACUGGAGGACGCACGGAACGUACUAGCGGAGGCACUGAAAGCACUGGAGCGCUUGGUCGUCGACCCCAUGGUGGACAUGCUCCGGAAGGAGCUGGAGAAGCUGCUGGAGCUCUUCAAGACCAAGGAGAUCUACCAGAGGCAGGGCCGCCCCGCCGCCAUCUCCUCGAUCGCCUCCCACGACCGACAGCGCUUCACGGCCAGGGGCGACGCCGAGGACAUUCGCAUCUUCGCCACGCAACGCAUGGAUACCUACCUCGAGCAGGCCAAGCAGGACGACGAUAAGCCAAUUCCGACCGCCGAUGACGACAUCAAGGAAGAGCUGGAGCCGGAGGCGGAGGCCGAGGGCGAGGCGGUACCGAGGCCGGAGCCCGUAACGCAAGAAGUGCCAGCUGCGCCCAAGCCCAAGGCCUGGGAGGGGAGGACGCUGUCGCUGGGGCUUCGAUCUGUCACGGCGGUGCUCAGCCUGGUGGCCUUCUCGGUUAUGCUCAGCGCAAUGACGUCCACGUGGGACGGCGAUAGCUACGGCCUCUACGAACCGUACAGGUACGGCGUCGGAGUGAAUGCGGUCGUCUGCUUCUACUCGAUCGCGCAAGCAUUCGCUGAAAUCCUCCGUCUAGUAUGGCCGACAUUUAUGCCGCGGAGCAUCUCAGGCUACAGCUGCAGCCUCUUCCUCGAUCAGGUAUUGGCAUAUCUGCUCAUAUCGUCUUCGUCGGCGGCCGCGUCUCGCAACCGUCUGUGGGCGUUGAGACACGGCAAGGACCAGUUCGACAGCGAGAUCAACAUCGCGGUGUCGUUUUCAUUCCUUGGGUUCCUUGCGCUGUCAGCCAACGCGCUCAUCUCCAUGGCUAAUCUAUUCAGCAGGAUCUGA